AUGGCUCUCACAAUGCGGUCAAAGAGCACUGCAUUAGUGUUAUGUAUAUUAGUAUUAAGUGAUCAGAUUCUGGAGGGUCUGUCCCUUCCGGACAAUAGUGAGCGAGAGAUUGAGUUGGAAUACGAACACAAAGAGCCGACCAAAGAGAAGGAAGGCGGCGAUGGGGGCGCUGACGGNUGUUAUGUAUAUUAUGAGCGAGAGAUUGAGUUGGAAUACGAACACAAAGAGCCGACCAAAGAGAAGGAAGGCGGCGAUGGGGGCGCUGACGGGGGCGACGGUGCCGACAAAGGAGGUGCUAAGAAAGGCAAAGGAGGGAAGGGAGACAGUGGUGAUGCGGGAGGCGGUGAUGGGGGAGGCGGUGAUGGAGAUGGAGGCAAUAGCAAAGAAGGCAAAGACAAGAAAAAAGGUGGAAAGGGUGACGGAGAUGGAAGUGGUGGCGAUGGAGAUGGAGGUGACGGUAGCGGAGAAGGUGGAGGCGGCGAUGGCGACGGAAAAGGGAAGGGAAAGGACGGAAAGAAAGGAAAGAAAAAAGGCGGUGAAGGCGACGGUGGGGAUGGCGGUGAUGGUAGUGGUAGUGAUGAAGGCGGAGGCGGAGGCGAUGGCAGUGAUGGUGACGGCGACGGAAAGAAGGGAAAGAAAGGCAAAGGAAAGGAUUCAAAAGAAAAAGAUGAAGACGGAGAGGGCGGUGGCGAUGGAGACGGUGGUGGCGGAGGAAAGAAGGGGAAGGGAAAAGGCAAAGGAAAAAAGAAAGGAGACGGCGAUGGAGAUGGAGAUGGCGGUGAUGGAGAGGGAGAGGGAGGCGGUGGUGACGAAGAUGGAGGAGGAGGCGGAGGAAAGAGCAAAGGGAAGGACAAGAAAAAGAAGAAAAAGGGUGGGAAGAAUAGCAAUGAAGUGGGUCUUCCAGGUUCGUACGCAAAGGCUGGAGGGGCUAUUGGGGGUAUUGUGGGCACUGGCAGUCAAACCAUCAAAAAGGGUUCAAUGAGUGGGAUAGCCAAAGCACUGGACGACAGGUUCGCUACGAUGGACCUCUUGGGUAACCCGCAUAUGGGUGUACCCGAGGAUAUGAUCGGACACAUCCGGAUGUGUGCGCAAUUCAUAUACGGGGGAAUUCACAACUUGUUUUUCCUGCUCAUCCGAUACCCGCUUAAGAUCUUGUCGAAAGCCAUUCUGUUGACGGGAGCCCUGUCCUUCAUGGCCACGUAUGCCAACUGGUGCGCCAAUCCCAUCGCGUGGAUGGACUUGACGAGCGAAGGCAAGAAAGUGAACGCUCACAUCGAAAACCUCGCGAAGUUCAAGGAGGAGUUCAAGGGUCGUGUCAUUUGGACCAUCGACAAGGCCAGGCAGGAGGACAAACAGAUGUACCUGUGCUGGUAUGCUCGCUCACAGUCACUUCAAUUGUACGCUUACUAUUAG